AUGGCAGUGGUGGUCCACAUGAUUAUGGUGGUCCGCAUGGUGGUGAUGAUCCGCAAGUUGGUGGUCUGCAUGUUGGUGGCGGUCCGCAUAUUGGCGGUGGUCUCCGCGUGUGGUCAGCAUGGUGGUAGUGGUCCACAUGGUGGUUGUGGUCUGCAUGAUGGUGGUGGUCUGCAUGGUGAAGGUGGUCAACAUGGUGGUAGUGUUCCACAUGGUGGAGGUGGUCAGCAUGGAGGUGGUGGUCCGCAUGUUGGUGGUGAUCCGCAUGGUGAUGGUGGUCGGCAUGUAAGUGGUCUGCAUUGUGGUAGUGGUCUGCAUGGUGAUGGUGUUCUCUAUGGUGGUGGUGGUCUACAUGGUGGUGGUUGUACGCAUGGUGGUGGUUGUCCGCACGCAAAGCAUGUUAAUGGUCGUAUUCGAUUGGGAUGUCUCCGUGAAGCACUUCGAGGCUCCGCCCACAAUGCGCACAGAGUGAAUUGUGCUCAACGAAAAUGUCCCAAUCAAAUGGAAAUGUGCUUUACGGAUGAUAAACAUCUUCCGGUUUAUGGCAAAAUGGACAACAACAAAAGAAAAAGACUUACUUUGCUUGUUUCUUCGUUACUGGAAAGCACCGACGAAGAUGAGAGUGCCGAGAGUGGAAUGAAAGUGACUCAGCAAAAGAAAGGACCAGGUGAUCGCCACAGACAAAUAAACUAUACUGAGAAUGUAGUGUCUGCAUUCACAAUAGAUGAAAUUAAAACUUUCUUCAGAGUAAGCCGAGUAAGUGUUCAAAAGAUUCAAUACCACAUUACUGAAGUUUGUUGCACAGAAAACAUUUCUGGAAUACUUUGUCGUCAUUCCACAGGUGGUCGUGUUCAGAUAUCUUUAGAAGAUAGACUUUUAAUGCUUCUUUGGUAUUUGGCCAGUUUAGACAAGUACGCAGCCAUAGCAGACAGAUUUGGUGUCAGUGAGAGUACAGCAUCGUGUGCAAUACGAAAUUUUUUACAGUUUGUGAAAGAAAAUUUAGUACAAAAAAUGAUUGUCUGGCCUUCUGAUGAUGAAAUGGAUGAAAUUGAGGCCAUGUACAAUGAUUUGAAAGGUUUCCCAGGUGUUGUAGGUAUGAUUGAUGCAACACACAUUAAAAUCCACAGACCUGCAGUGAGGGGCAUAGACUAUUAUAACCGGAAAAUUUUUUAUUCUGUAGUUUUGCAAGCUGUUGUCAGGGAAGAUAUGAGAUUUGUGCAUGUUUUUGCAGGAUUUCCUGGAAAAGUGUAUGAUGCGCGAGUUUUGAAAGAAUCCCCUCUGUAUGAAACUGGACGUAGUAAGUGCAGAGAAGGACACAUUUUAGGAAAUUCAGGCUAUCCAAACCUGCCCUGGCUAUUAACGCCCUUUCGGGACAAUGGCCAUCUGACAGAAGCCCAGAAAACUUAUAAUACUGUCCAUUCUAGUAUCCGCAGCAAAGUUGAGCGUGCAUUUGGUUUGCUAAAUGGAAGAUUUACAAGAUUACAAAACAUCUAUCAAAGAGACAUAAAAACUAUAGUUAAUACUAUUAUUACAUCUUGUGUGUUACACAAUAUGUGUCUUGUUAAUGAUGAUGAAUUUGAAAUUCAAUUGUCAGAUCAAGAGGACCAAGUGCCUGAUAUGCCUAAUAGACUUAACUUUGAUGACCAUGAUCAAGAAUUUGCAGCUCUGAAACGAAUCACUAUUGCACGGAAUUUUCUUUGAAAUGUUAUUUUAUAGUUGCAGUAACAGGUACCAUCAGGUUGCAGUAACUGGUACUAUCGGGUUUUGAUUUACAAACAGCUUGGAACUUGGGAUCUUGUCUGGUUUCAAUCU